CAGUAAUUCAAGAGGUAGGAGAACAACAAUGAACGCAGCACCUCAGCACUUGAAAGUGCUGCUUACUGGCGGCGCUCGAGGCAUUGGGCGUGGUCUCUUCCGCCAUCUCCUGACCGCCGGCCACGAAGUCAUCAUUAUCGAUUCCAAUAAAGAAGAGCUAGAACACGUGAAAACGCGAGCGCAAGAAUGGUCCAACGGGCGAAAAGAAGCCUGGCACGCCCUUCAUUGCGAUCUCAGCUCGCGCGCUCAGCUUAAAGCAGCUGUAAACGAAGUGGCUCAAAAAUUCAACGGCACGCUCGACGUCCUCAUCAACAACGCAUUCCCCACAGACCUCAGUAUCUCAGAAGACCGCACCAUGGAAGCCCAAGGAGAAGACAUAGAAAAAGAAUGGGACCUGAAACUUGCAAUCGGACUUACAGCACCAUUCCUACUCAGCCGCUUAUGCGUCCCUCUCCUAGCAAAAGGAAACUCAACGCCCAACUCCCCCGGCACAAUCAUCAACGUAUCCUCAACCCGCGCCUACCAAGCCGAGCCCGAUCACGAGGCAUACUCCGCAGUCAAAGCAGGGCUGCUCGGCCUAACACAGGCAAUGUGCAUAUCGCUGGGUCACCGACAUAAGAUCAGGGUUAACGCAAUCAUCCCCGGGUGGAUCCAUGUCGUCAAUGAGAGUAAAGCUGCUGACGAGAAACGUGAACAGUGGGAAGAGGGAUUGACUGAGGAAGAUACUGCGUGGCAUCCUGCAGGUAGAGUAGGUAAGGUGGAGGAUGUUGCUAAAGCGGUUGAGUAUGCUGUUGGAAAUGAGUUUGUGACGGGGCAGGAGAUUGUGGUGGAUGGGGGUGUGGGUAGGAAGAUGGUGUACCCUGAGCAAGAAACCUAAGCUCAACGGUUGCAUAAAACCGAGCAACGUUGUAUAGAACAGAUAAUGAGAUCAAAACAAAGUACUUGGGAGAAAAACACAUGUCUGUGCGGAUGCGCACAUGCGGCAGAGGCCCGAGACGCGUUGAUGGACACCUGCAGGACGUUGGGCGACUUGCUUUUGUUUGUUGUUCACCCUGUGCAGCGUA